UCCAAGUCUACGAUGCCGGCCUCCAACCCCCGUGUCCAGCCUACAGGUCUGUUUAUACCUGGCGUUUUCCUCCUAGCCGCAUUAGCUACUGCUGCAUACCAAACCAUAAAAUUAUACCUACCGCUUCUCCUCAUAUUCAGCUUCUUCUCCUACUUAUCAGCGCAAACAUCCAAACGAUACUCAACCGCUCAGAGGGUAUACCAUCAGGCACCUACAUAAUUCUUCUGUCGAUAGCCUGUGUCCUCGUCGGACUCGUUUGCGAUAAAUAUACGAAAAGCACAUGGGAGAGCUGCUUCUUCCACGUCGUGUUAUCCCACUUUGUCUUAAUGUGGUUUGAACAAAAUCGCUUCUCCCGGCUCCGACGGAAGGUACAAGAAGAAGAAAAGGCUCAAUCGAAGCACGAUUCAGAGCAAGAAGCUAGCCAGACUCCCGAAGGCGAUCCACACGCAUGACCCACCGCGAAAAUGGACUAGAAGAUGGCAACCAUCUAGGUUGUCUGAGUACGGAAAAUUGCUAUCUCGAACGAAAUCAUCAUGUCUGAUCGGUCUUUGUGGACCCUGUCUGAGACUAAGAUUCGCAUCGGACUUGGAUGAGGAAUCAGGACUCGAUUCAAGGUGGAGAGGUCUCGACGAUAGAGCCAGCGAACACAGCGACAUUGCAAGUGUUAUAAUACUACGCUUAUUAGUUUUGGCAAACUAGCACGCGCAAUCGAGCUUCCUAAGCUAUCUCACUCACGUCUUUAGUCCUAACUAAUAUUUUAGCAUCUACAAAAGCAAUCUAAGACCUAAAACACUCUUAUAUUGAUUCCUAAUACUUAAGAAGCUAUAACACAGCAUACUACG